CAGCGGAGGCCGACUGGGCUGGCAUUCACCCACGACCCCCCUUCCCUGCUAUGUCGGUCUAUCCGUAGCAGGUUGCAGGCCCCCACUCCCCCACCCCGCCCCAGUGGCAUGUGGGCAGAGCUAGCGGUGGCCAGGUACGCAGAGUCACUAGGGCUCUAGAGCACUCUGGGGGGCACCUCUGGUGCCUGCGGAGAUGCCCAACUGACAGGCGAGCCGGUGAGGACAGAAAAGUUCCCUUUGGGCCCGCGUCCGCUGCAUCCAUGGCACUGCCGGCCAGCUUACUGCCUUUAUGCUGCUUGGCGCUUCUGGCGCUCCCGGCCCAGAGCUGCGGGCCGGGCCGGGGCCCCGUGGGUCGGCGCCGCUACGUGCGCAAGCAGCUCGUACCGCUCCUCUAUAAGCAGUUUGUGCCCAACGUGCCUGAGCGGACCUUGGGCGCCAGUGGGCCGGCUGAGGGGAGGGUGGCCAGGGGUUCCGAGCGCUUUCGGGACCUUGUGCCCAAUUACAACCCCGACAUCAUCUUCAAGGAUGAGGAGAAUAGUGGUGCAGACCGCCUGAUGACCGAGCGCUGCAAGGAGCGUGUGAACGCGCUCGCUAUAGCAGUGAUGAAUAUGUGGCCCGGAGUGCGCCUCCGGGUGACCGAGGGCUGGGACGAGGACGGCCACCACUCGCUAGACUCGCUGCACUACGAAGGCCGGGCACUGGACAUCACCACCUCCGACCGCGACCGCAACAAGUACGGCCUGCUGGCGCGCUUGGCCGUGGAAGCCGGCUUCGACUGGGUCUACUACGAAUCCCGCAACCACGUCCACGUGUCGGUCAAAGCCGAUAACUCCCUGGCCGUGCGGGCAGGCGGCUGCUUUCCGGGAAACGCCACCGUGCGCCUGCAGAGCGGCGAGCGGAAGGGCCUCAGAGAGCUGCACGGCGGAGACUGGGUGUUGGCAGCCGACGCGGCAGGCCGGGUGGUGCCCACGCCGGUGCUGCUCUUCCUGGACCGGGACCUGCAGCGCCGGGCCUGGUUCGUGGCUGUGGAGACCGAGCGCCCCCCGCGCAAACUGCUGCUCACGCCCUGGCACCUGGUGUUCGCGGCUCGCGGGCCAGCGCCCGCGCCAGGGGACUUCGCCCCCGUGUUCGCGCGCCGGCUGCGCGCGGGAGACUCGGUGCUGGCGCCCGGCGGGGACGCCCUGCGGCCGGCGCGCGUGGCCCGCGUGGCGCGCGAGGAAGCCGUGGGCGUGUUCGCGCCGCUGACGGCGCAUGGGACGCUGCUGGUGAACGACGUCCUGGCCUCGUGCUACGCGGUUCUGGAGAGUCACCAGUGGGCACACCGCGCCUUUGCCCCUUUGCGCCUGCUGCAUGCGCUAGGGGCGCUGUUCCCGGGUGGCACCGUGCAGCCCACCGGCAUGCACUGGUACUCUCGGCUCCUCUACCGCCUGGCUGAGGAGCUGCUGGGCUGA